AUGGCAUCGACAUGCAUCUACGAGCAUGAUGCAGCCACAAUAAUCCCAGCCCUCAUAUCUGAACUGCCGUAUUCCACCACGCUGCUCCGGCGAAUCCAGCAUGGAAUUGGGUAUCCGCACGAGACUGCCCACAUCCUGGCGACUUUCCCACCCGGUUUAGCCCCUGAGCCUGGACAGCCGUGGCUGGCUGCGCGGGUGGAUCUCUUUGCCGGCCGCACAACACAAAUGUUCAUCUACUCCAGUCUCGAAGCGGAGCACACGUCAAUUCCGCCGAUCGCCACUGUCGGCGAUAGUAUCAAAGCCACGAAACCGGAGAUAUUAAAUGUGGACUCUGGAUCCAAUAAUAACCGAACCAAAAAUGGUAAUGAUGUUGGCGCAAACCCUGACACCAACACCAAGUCCAUUGUUUCCACCUUUUCCGCCAACCCGCCCGUCCUAGCCUUGGCCCGCGCCCAGCUAUUGGAUUUGCUGUCAUAUGUCAAGACCAAAUUGCUGCCAUCCUAUCUGUCAUAUUUGCAAGCCACAUCUGCGGAAGCUGAAUCUCUUCCCGUGUCGACGUCCCUGGUGACCCCAAACACCACUCCCAGUACCAAUAGUACUAGUAGUGUUCCCCUGAUUGCCGCGCCAGACCCACACGCCUUCCUCAUCGGUGCCCUUCAUACAGGUCUAUUCUGUCUCCUGCAGCAAUCAGGCUCUUACACCCAAUCUGACCCGAUACCUUGUAUCCGGGUCCAUCGCUUCGACGAUCCGCCUUAUUACAAGUACUUCUUCCGGAGAUCAGAGUUCAGCCCCGAUGCAGAUCUACCGUGCGCCGAUCUGUCCCUCCCACCCGGGUAUAGGUUCCAUGACCGACAGGGGAGGGAGGGUGUUCUGAGUAAGCAUCUAGAUCUUGUGCAGAGUCGGACGCAUAUCCCCAGGCCGAGGUCGCAGCUAUCUACAAUGCCUGGUAUGGCGGUCUAUUUUGAUGGCUCUAGUGAUGAUGAUGAAAUGCCUAUUGCGUGGGGAUUCUUGGGUGUAGAUGGAGCGCUGGCGACGUUGCAUGUUGAACCCGAGCAUCGGGGCCGCGGCCUUGCGGCUGCAUUGUCUAAGGCUGUUAUGCGUCAUGGGAUGGCAGUAGAUGGGCUUUUUGGGGCUGGGAGUGUUAACUCGGAGGAUAGUCACACUCGAGAAUGUAUUGGGGCUUGGGCGCAUACUGAUGUAGCUGGGUAUAAUCAUGCGAGUCGGAGGGUUAUGGAGAAGAUUGGGGGUCAGGUUCUGACGACUGUCACUUGGACUGUUAUUGAGUUGCUUGAUUAG